AUGCAUCUUCUUGUUCUAGCAAAAGUAAAACUGUCAUGGUUAUCAAAGUGUUAUCGAUUUACUACUACACCAAUUCUAGCCACCUUGAUAUGGCCCUUCUUCUUGAAAGUUAUGUUGAAUUUGAGACCAAUCCAAGACAUUGUCGGGACCAUGGUUCAUGAUUCAAGACUUUUCAUCUUUCAGUUGAGCAGAAUCAUCACUUUACAAGAUGAUAAUGAAGGAGAAAGAAGAUGGGGUCGAUUUCGCCGACUGGUUUAUGACAGGUUGGUUGAUGCUGGGAGGUCCAUGGCUUUUGUAAACGAUGAACAUAGCUUGCAUACUCUUUCAAUGGUGGCUCUCUGA